AUGGCUGGUCUGGUGAAAGGGAAGGACUACGACUGGAAGGACUCCAACCUGGCUCUCUUCGGCUCUGACGAGGAAAAGAGUGUCAAGAGUAAGUACUGUAUAGUUUACGGGGGCCUUUCACACUUGCUCCGUGUCAGCUGCUUGUCGACUUUGCUUAUUGUCUUUUUCCUCCUCUACACUUGUACUUUUAGCUGGUGCCGUGUAGUGAAGGUCUCAGGUUAUUAGUGUCCCCGAGACGUAAUUGGGACUCGGUGUCCUAAAAACGGGGGGGGGGGAUUCCUGUGUCUAGACCAUAGUCUAUAGCUUCCAAUGAACCACCGUGCAUUGCUUCACCAAAAAGAAGCCUGGCCAAGGAGACCGUUAGGAUAGAUGAGGGAUUCAAGCUCAACUCCCCACCUCAGUAUUGAUUUUCAGAGUCGUAGAUCUAGAUAAUGCAGCUUCUGAGAAAGCGGGUAGGUACGUGGCAUUGUUUACGGUGUCGAAGAUUUGCACCGGAAGGUGCUUUAAUGUUAGGAUUCAUUUUUGGCGAUAAGGUCUUUGCACAGACAACCGGUCACUCCUUUUCGCCUGUAUCCGUGGCCGAAAACAGGGGGUUUUUUGUGUGCGCCCUUGGCCGGAACCUCCAGACCCAGAAAAGACGCACCGACGCCUCGGCAGGCAUCAGCACAAGAAUGACCCGUAAAUUGCGGGGUUCUGGUCUCCACAUAAAGCUCUUCGUUGUAUUCUCUACGGCCGCAGGCUCUCGGCUGCAUUACAAAUUUCCCUUGUUUUCCUUUAGAGGAGUCUGCAGUUAAAGAAAAGGCCUGGGACCGCGUUGGAAAGGCCAAGGAACCUUUUCUCUUCGUAUGGCGUGUCAAGGUAUGACUGCUUGUUCUCUUUGCCUCCAAGUGAUUUGUGACGUAUCGGUUUUUAUGCGCACACAUUUUCGCCUUCAAAGUAACGCUUUACACACGAUGUGUAUUGGGCUUUGACAAUUAGAUGUGCACCUGGCUCUAGCAUAGGGCGACGUAGGCAGUCAGGCGCAGUAUUUGGAAUGUUGGUCUUUCAGGAGCUGGCCAUGCAAACUACUAACCUUUUAUUUCACUGAUUCUAAAAAAUAAUGGGAAAAUGUAUACUUCUUUCACAGCAAUUUCAACUCGAAGAGGUGAAAGAUGAGGACGUCGGAACUUUCUACAAUGGUGACUCAUAUGUCGUCUGCAAGGGGAGCAAGUUGCCCGACCAGGAGAAGCUGCUCUACGACAUCCACUUCUGGAUCGGAAAGCACAGUACGCAGGUAAGGUCUCCGAGGUCCGGCUUAGCACCGUCACUUCGACAUUACUGAUACCAGCCCACGCACUAUUAUUACUACUUUUUUUAGGAUGAGUACGGCACUGCAGCCUACAAGACCGUGGAACUGGACACCUAUCUCGACGACGCUGGUAUCCAACAUCGUGAAGUCGAGGGCUAUGAGUCUGACCGGUUCAAGAGCUACUUCCAAAAAUUGGUGUAAGAUUUGCUUUUGCUCCCACCGUAAAACCUGGGAUCGACUCCUUUUUAAACUCCCUCCCCCUCGUGAACAUGGAAUCUCUCCAGGCCCCUCGGCGGGAACUCACAGACGCGCCCAAUAUUUUAGCUAGCGUGACCCUAAGUCUCCUCCUCCUCCUCCUCCUCCUCCUCCUCCUCCUCCUCCACCCGCCUCCAAGAUAUCUCUAAUGGUAGUCAGUCCGCGCCGUUUUGACGUACGUCCUUGUAGACGCACCUCAUGCCAUCACUCUGCUUCUCCACUGCCUUCUCCCCUUUGGACGCUAAGCUAGGACCGAGAAACGACGUUUGUGCCCAUGACACUUGCACACAUCACCCAUAGGACAGGACCACGCCUCUUCCGUCCCGAAAAAACCAUUAUACAGCUAGAAAAGUUUACAUAAGGAUAAUCUGACACUUAUUGUAUGUAGGAUUUCUCUGUUGCUGCAUAUUACUAUAUGUGGUCUUUUAACUCUCUCCGCCUCGGUGUCUCAUAAUCAUAGUCGUAUUGACGAUAUGACCAAAACGGAUUAUGUUUCAGCCCGUAAUAAUUGCUUCCUAUAGGCCUUAGGGAUCACGUAAGUUAUCUACUUCCUUCGUUUUACGAUCAUUGUAAUCCGGGUGCUUUCGGUUAGGUUAAGGCCUGACGAAUAAGCCGACCGUUGGAGAGGACUUAUAUUAUGCAUAACCUUGGAACGAUCCACCGAGAACUGACGAAGAGAUCCUGCAUUAUCGUCCUGUUAGUGCCAAUGGCACACAACAAGCGAUUUUAGAAACAGAUGUGGUUCUAGAAUGUUACAAUAUUCUCCACCAGUUACGUUCCUCUGUAGGAUAAUUAAAGCACUCCUCAAUUAUCCUGAUGGCGUCCCAUACAUGAACGGAGUCAGCCCUACCCUGGACAACGGAAUGGGGAAGUUGGAUCAUGGAUGACUUUCUGUCUAUCCUUCGAACGCCAAGUCCCUCGUCCCGGUGUCGCAUUGUGAACGUUCAUUCGUCAGUUCGUAUAAUUUGAGUCCACACAGGGCCCUGCCACAAGCAUCGUCUCAUGCCUCUCACUCCAUCUCUUUGUCGUAUCCUGGGUUUUUCAGAUGCUGAACAUGAGUAAGGCGUCCUGAUUGCGUGAUAUGUUUAUUCCAACGACGUUACCGUGGGCGCAACGAUGUUGGAAAACUAUGCGGUUUCUGCGGUUUAGGUCCUGAGGCAGACAAAUUUUCCCUCACAGUCCCGAUGACCGAGCUGUCUUCUGUAGAUUUUUUUGUGUUCCCACAUCCCGAAGCCUGCGUAUAAUCCCCGGUUUCCUCCUAUCGCUUUAUCCACAUUCGAGCAGUCUCUUUGUCCACCGACAUCUCUUUUCUAGUUCAACGACUACAUUUCAGCGCAGCACACACCCCUGACCUGACAGAACUGUCUCUUCUUGGUUCUGUCCGACAACGUUCUAACUGAGCUACUGAAGGCAACUCACAUGUUGUGGGAAUGAUACUGCUAUCAAGCCAGUUGUCCCACGCACGACUAAUAUGGCUGCCUCACAGACAUAUUUGAUCGGCCGGCGGACGUGGUGAGCUUGCCGUGUAAAUCCGCUUGCUCAGUGGUCUUUCGGCUAGGCUUGUCUUUUUUCGACCCUCCGCAGUGUGGGUUGUGUGUAUGCAGGGGAUGUUCUGCCAAUAGAAGCGAAGAGACGAGUCCCAGGAAAUAGUCUUGAAGAAGGAGACGCGAUCACCGGGACACGCUGGCUCGUGUCUCCUGCUUCAAGACUACUUCAUGGGACUACUAUAAGACCACUUCCUUCUCUUCGCUUCUAUUGGCAAUGUAUUUGGGCGCGAUGCGCUCCGAUCGGCGCGGCGAUAGGGAACCUUCGCCGUUCAGAAGGCCUCCACGUAUUCGCAGACUCAGUUUCUGCACAGGUGUCUCGACAAUAAUGUGUUACCGAAAGGUGUUUCAUGCAUGCCCCCGGUCAACACGGAUUUGGCGAAACGGGGAGUAUUUCAACACGGCAGAAGGAUGAUCCGAGUGCUCCUCCAAGAUUGCCACGCGAGACUUCGCAAGUACCGUCAAAGGAUUGACCAAGAAAAGACCAGAUGCUGUGAGUUAAUGGGCGAGAUCGGUACAAACCUGGUCCUGCAGAGGGUGACUGAACAAGCCCGCGAACAGAGAGUGAUACGUGAUGCAGCACUAGAGAACAGAUUCCGAAAGCUGCCCAAUCCAACGUCGCCCAGAAACGACAAACUUGUGCACAACCUGUCGUCAAAGGAGCUGACGAACGAUCAGAUGCAGUUUUUACGGCAUGAUUGUCCCAACGAUCGUGUCUUCUUCUUCAGGGGGAAUGUUCUUUUGGCUCUAAGUCUACUUCCGUCAAGCUUGCUACUUUUUUCCUUGCUCAAGCCUCUCCACUUUAUCCCCUUCCCCUCUGUCCUCUCGUCAGGAUCCUCAAGGGUGGCUAUCAAUCCGGCUUCCGUCACGUGAAACCUGAGGAGUACCGCCCGCGUCUGCUGCGUUUCUGCAAGGAGGGCAAGGUCACCUACAUGCGACAGGUGGAGUUCACCAAGAGCGCCGUUGAUUCUGGCGACGUCUUCAUCCUUGAUCUGGGCGCAAAGGCCUACCAGUUCAAUGGCUCUAAGUGCAGCGCCUUCGAGAAGAAUUCUGUGAGUGUGCAAUAGGUCAAGACCAUAACUCAUUGUAUCGCAGGGCGCUUUCAUUGUCGUAUUAAAGAAAUCGCUCCAGAACCACAAUCGUAACCGUGACCCCGUUUCUAGCCAUAAGCAUGCGUAUACAUCUGUUGGCUGAAUAAUCUUGCUGCCCAAGAACUUCUCCCUGUUACAGUUGGCUACUCUGAGGCAGUGAUCUCAACUUGUUUGUCUUUGGACCUUUAUUUAUGAAUAAAAAUUUGCUCGCGCUAUGAGCGAGAAAUAGAAGUGAGGAAUCAAUUCGUAUCAGUGCUGUAUUUGUAACAGAAAAACUGCCUUUUCUAUAUGUUCAUGAGACAUGCUGAAAUUAUCAACAAACUGCAAUACAAUACUUUGCUGAAAAUGUAUAAUUAAAGCACUUUCUUAUCUUUUAAUGUAAUCGCUGCAAGAAGAGUCAUGUACUUCUUGUGUUGUCUUAUACAUAUCGCGCAGUAGAUUAAAAUAAUGCAAUGACCCUCACAGGUAAUUUUGACGUAUGGCAGUCUCUCUAGACCAUUGGUUGUCUUGGAAUCUUCAUAUCACCAUUUUCGAACCAUUUCUCUAGGGUAUUUAUUACCGGAGUAACUACAUACUUGUGGGUCACUUACUCAAAAAUACCUAUGAUUUGUUUGACCGCCACUGGGUGUCCGAUGUGUCAUUGACCGUCGCGGCAAUUCAAAUCUUCCUCGAGUGAAGAAAUCCUAGUAACUUCACAUCAACACGAACCCACGCAUGAAUGAAAGGUCAUAUAGCGUGUCCGUAGAUACAUAUCUUAGCUACAGUCUUUUCAGCACGAUAUUUUCCAGGGUUAGAAAUUCUGUUCGGGAACAGGUAUGUAUACGCACCUCCUUCCCCUGAACUGUGACGCAAGGUCGUUUGCAUUAUGGGACGGGUCUUCAAUGCCAAUGGCUACCAGCGCAACUUCGUCAACCGGUGCAUAUGCAAAAGGCACGAAAGGCCUAACCGCACGGACACCAAAUUUUGGCGAGCGCUUCCAUAUGGUAAGAACGUUUCGGAGGCUGUCGGCCGCCCACUCGCACCACUUGGAGUUGGAGUUGCACACAGACCCGAGGAAACCAUUAGGCGUCAGUUAAUGAAACCGAAAGACCCACUGCCACGACAAGAAACGUCUGGAGUCGUUUAUCGGACCUGGUGCAGUUGCGGACAAAGCAACUACGUCGGAGAAACCGGAAGACAGCUCCGAACGCGAAUGGUCGAACACGCUGCAGCGGUGUCGAGAAAUGACGCUGACUCUCAAGUUGCGGCUCAUGCGACGAGAUUCGGCCACACAUUCAAAUUUCACGAGGCCGAAAUUGUCACAAGAGGUGACAACCUCGUGAGCCGGGAGCUGCUUGAGUCAUGGUUUACUGGCCCCAGUCAAUUAACAAGUGCAAUGAUCUUCCCAUCCCAUACUCGGUGCUGAGACUUCGCCUAGGCGGAGUAAUUAGCCACGCGGGGAGCGCACAGGUGAACACUUCCCAACACCAGGGUCAGCGCGUCAGAUGGUCGAGCAAUCAGCACACCAACAUCCAACGAACGUGAUGAAAUUGCAGCAAUUAACGAUGCGAAUGUCGGCCAUCACACCACGUGCAGCGAUCCCUGAUGAAGGGGGGGAGCCGUGAACACUCAUAGGUAUGCGGUAGCGUGGCGAUUGCAUCCCAUAAAUACUGCAGCCCCUUGUGCAUGAACCACCCGUAUCUGCUUUGUCUCUGAUGAUGAGUCCGAACAGGAAUCCGAAACGUCAGGCUAAUGAAGCUCUUGUCCCAGCGAUCGUGUCUCCUUCUUCAUUAUGGGGUCUGUAAUAAUAAGGGCAAAAAGUGUUUUUAACUACAUAGAAAUGAUAGUCCUAAUUGUGCUGCUUGCUUGUUCUAAUGCACUGAAGAAGGCACUUUGUAGAAAGAUGGUCUCGAAGUACACAAAUCUGAUACCUACCAGGAUUUCACCCAACGACUAGAGCGUUGGCUGUACUCAAACCUCGUCCUCGUCAUCGUGGGUUCGAGGCCAACCGAGGCCGCCAAGUUUUUCACAACUGCAUUAAAUAAAUUGUCCAAACCUGCCAAAAACAGAUAUUCACAUAGUGUGCUUUUGUCGUGCCCACUUGGUUGAUAUUGCAGACAAUUUCGAUGUCUGUGAUAUAAUGACAUUCAGAGAAUCCGUCUGUAACCAAGACAAUUAUUACUUCUUUUUAGGCAGCUGCCUUUUUGCAAGAUCUGGAAUCUAGCCGCAAUGGGCGUUGUGUCACUGAGGUCUUGGAGGAGAAAUCCAUUGACAAGGACGUGAGUCCCCACCCCACCUCUGUCAAGUUUCCCAUAUUACUCCAUAAAACUACCUAUUUAUCCGUUGUAACCGUUCGUCCCCUUCUUCCUCUUCGUUACAGCAUGAGUUCUGGAAAAGCCUCCCCGAUAAACCACUUAAACCUGCAGCCGAGAAGGUCGAUGUAGUUAAGGCACUUUAUAAGUGAGUCCUCUCAACUAUUAUUCCUACUAUCGUUACCAAAUAAGGCUGCCUUUCUUCCUAUUUUCUCAGCAUACUUUUUCCCUUUAAAUGGAAUAUUUCCCCAAGUCAGAGCCUCCCGGUGACGCAAACCCUCGCCUACUCCUUCUUUUCUCUGUCUCUUCCCCCCUGCAGGGUCUCCGAUGCCUCUGGAAAGAUUGAGAUUUCCGUGGUUUGUCAGGGCAGUGCCCCGAAGAGCUCUAUCAAGCCGGAUGAUGUAUACAUGAUUCAGGACAAGAGUGGUCUCUUUGUUUACAUCGGCAAGGACUGUUCCCACGCCGAGAAGAGGAACGCUUUCAGCGUUGCCCACGUAAGUCAUCCAUUUCUGCUACCUUGGCAGUUCGUAGGCGCAGCUGCUCACGUGAUCGCGCAUGAUGACCGACUGCUUUACAGCGGGUCUGGGUUGCGUCCGUCGUCCUUGGUGUCAGUAGCUGGACACAUUUUACGUCCUCAUUGUCUGCUUUGAGGUUAAGCCAUUAUAUUGUCUUUGGAGGGUUCGGAAAACUCUCAAAAAUAUCUGCACCUUAUCCCUAUCAUGCUGGAAAGGGCUGUCUCGAGAUUUGUUCUGCCAGGCCCCCGAUUUUUGGUGUGAACGCCCGACAGUUCAACCGUCGUGCCCGACGAUGUCCACCGCGUGCUUCACGGCAAGGUGGAGCUGACACGGCGACUUGCGCGUGAAUUAGUUUACAUUGAGUGUAGACUUGCGCAGCAUCUACCGCACUCUCUUCUCCUCCCCCACCUGGGCCCGGUGUCGAGACAGAGUCAAGAAGACUGGAGGUGGGGGAGGAGGGAGAGGGUGGAUGGCGCGGCCUAACCCGCACCUUGGCGCUCCACUCCACAAAACUUGACCAGGAUUUUAACCAUCAACGACAGCACCACAACGGGUCAGAAGGACGAGGGAAAUGGCCAACCAUGCUCACGACCUGUAUUCCCAGCGGGAGCACAGGCGCAUCUACUGGCAGGGAACCAGGUGUCAGGGAAAUACCAGCCCAUUCCAGGCUGCGAGGGCCAUGGUUUGCGGAUACUGGCAAAGCACACGCUUUCAGAUCUUUAAGCCCAGAAGGGUGACACGUCGCCCUACAUUUGUCUGGUCCAUCACCCUUCAAAGGCUGGGUAACCAAGCAGUCGUCGAUUGAUAACGUAGUGGAGGAGACGCCCCCACAUUAGCAGGGCACUGGGCUUAUGCCUCUCCUGCACAAACUCCCGCCUCCUCGUAAGGCCCUAUUCGAUCGUCCCUGGGGUUCGAGUUUCCAGACCUGAAGUAGUCCUAUAUAUCCAUUGCUAUUUGAAGGGGUGAACAGGGGAUUUUUCUCUAACCCCGACUUUCACUAAUUGCCUAAGCUGGAUCCCACGAUUUAUACUUACUUCGCCUUUUUACCUUCCACGGACAGAAAUUCCUACAAUCCAGCAAAAAUCCCUUCCUACCAAUCACUGUGGUCACCGAAGAGCAGGCUGCCUCUUUCCUCGCCGGCAUCUGGGACUGA